AUGGCAAUUUGUGUUUCAGAGAUAGUUGGACUUGGAAGCACUUACAACAAUUGCAACUUUUCUUGUUUCCGCCGAAAGGUUAAUGUUGUUACUUCACAAAACACAUCACUUCUCUUCCCUGCAACAACUACAACCAGAUUCUCUAUUGUUGUUCCUCGAGCUCUGGAUCCCAAAACAGGAGAACAAAACUCUAUCACUUCUUCAUCUCAAGAGGAUUUAGUGUAUGUGGCAAAACUUGCGGUGGGUUCUUUUGCUGGAGCUGCUGCAGUUAAAUAUGGUAGCAGUGUUUUCCCUGAGAUAACUACUCCAAACCUUGUGUUGGCUCUUGUUAUCAUCUCAACUCCUGUCAUUGUUGCUGUUUUGCUUUUGAUAAAUCAAAGUCUUCGUUCGAAGCCAUAG